GCUGUAGAGCAACAAUCAUGGUAAGCAGUUUAUUAAUAGGCGAUGCAUAUGUCUAACGAUUUGAUUAGGUAUAAACCGCCUGUAUUUGAUCCAGAUGGGGACAAUAUUGUGUGCUUAGAGAAUACCGUGCUAUUCCUUGUUUCUAGCUACCAAUACAUGCUUGUUGCAGUCGUAUUUAGCGUCGGUCCGCCCUUCCGAAGGCCAAUUUGGACAAAUGGCCGUUUAGUGCUAACUCUUGCUGUUCUUGUUGCUCUUACUUCCUGGUUUGUUUUAGCACCUCCCACCUUUGUUUUGGACAUGAUGGAACUCGAAAUUCUGCCCAUAUCUUUUAGAUGGUUUAUCUUGAUCUUGAGUGGUCUGAACUUGAGUGUGAGCUUAUUGUGCGAAAAAUAUCUUUUUAGUCAAUUUUCUGAUUUGCUCACUCUAAUUGAAUCCAAGGCUCGAUUAUCAAAGUCUGGCUAUAGAGCAGUGGAAACUAAAUCAGACAAGAUCUAUCAAAGAGUCAUGGAUGAAAUGGGUAUUCAACGCAAUUAGAAAUAAAGUUGUAUAUUUAUAAAGAAAAAAGGGGUUGAGAAAACAAAAAUAAAGGAGGGGUUCGAAAUAACCUUUAGAAAACGCAUUGUGUACA